UCUUACGUAAACGCACGCUCAGGAAAGUUAUUGUAUAGACAGUGUAUUUAGACACCACACAUAAUAAUCUAAUAAUGAUUCUAUGUACUACGAUCUUACCAGAAAUCAAGAAUAUAAAUCCAGAAACUGCACAUGAUGUCAAAGGAGUGCAUGAAAUUUAAUGCAAAUGGCGGUGAAAUAUCUUAAAUCUUAAGUCUGAAGUUGAGUCCACGCAAUGCGGUUGAGUUAACAGGCACGUGUCCCCACAAAGUGAGCAAAACAAGCAAAAGAAAUGCACACACUUUUUGGAAUUCAAAUAUAAAAGGAGCUGGAUGUCGGUUGCCAUAGAAAGCACGUGACGUCACACACGUCACAAAGCAUUUAGUUCUUGGAGCACUACACUAAGUCUAUAUAUGUAUACAGAAGUUAGACACUUGAGACAGUUUGAGACAAGCUCAAGACACAGUCACGUCAGAAAAUACUCUGCUUCUGGUUGUUUAAACUUUUAUGAUACAAAAUGGGCGAAAAACUGAAAAAAUUCCAGAGUUGGAAGAUCGUCAAACUCGAAGCGCAACGCAAAGAAAACGACGAAUUCUGGUCAGAAAGAGAUACUACCAACAGACUGAAACAACAGUGUCUUGCAACAGAACUCCGUGAUCUUAAGAAGCAGUUCGAGGCCUCCACUCAGAAACUCCAAGAAACAGAGAGUGAGUUGAAUAAAUGCAAAAGAAUUAACAAACACCUUACGCUGGAAAACUCUCAGCUACGGGAAGACAAUGACAGACUCACAACAAAACUCAAAAAAACUCAGGAAUCUCACAGACAGUGGCUGAAUAACUUAACUGAGUCUCAUGCCAAGACUCUGGAAGAAGUCAAACAAAAAAAUCAAAAAGUCAGGUUGCGUAAACAAACCGAAUUUGACGAAAGUCUGGCACUGCAGAAAGAGGCAGGAGAAAAGGCCCUGAAAGAGCUGGAGGAAAAAGAUCAAUGUGAGCUGUUAAAAAUUGAAGAACAACUCCGUCAGGUGGAGGAAACGAGCAAACAGACAAUAGAGAAGUUAAAACUAGACCUGUUAAUAGCAGAAAGGCGCAUUAUGGAUGAAAGGAAACUCAGGGAUACCGACAGGGUGAACAACAGAGUCUUUUGCAAAUCCCUGGAACAGAAAAUAGAGCGUCAGAAUAAAACAAUAACAACUCUAAAAAAUCAGGAUCAUCUUUUAAAGAAAGUGUCCAAAUUAGAGGACACUAUCAAAGAAAAGGACGUGCUUAUUAGAAACAAAGAUAAGAAUAUAGCUUCUUUGAAAGCAGAAAAGAAAGGGGUGAUAGAAGAGUUUCAAAGCGAAAGACAAAAAACUGCCAUUUUAACUGAGCUGGUGAAAGAUCUGGAGGAAAAAAACCAGAAACUAGAGGAAGAAUUAAGAAGUGAACGUGGAAAAUUAAAAAACACAACGGAUGAUCUAAAUAAGAGCCGGCGAAUAAAUGGCAACCUGACUGAACGUGUCGAGCACUUAAAGUCCAAAGUAAUGGCCAGUGAACCAGACCUUAUCAUGCUGAGGGAUAAAGUGUCACACAUGGAGACAUAUCAGCUGCGUAUGAAGGAGGAUAUGCAGUCAUUCAUGGCUGUUAUCAAUGAGCCCCAAAAAUUAAGAAGCAGAGUCAUCACUAUCAAAAGACGCUACGUAGACAACGUGGACAACCUCGAGUUGGACGAACAAACAAAACAUGCUGUUCGAAAUGGGAUCAAGUGUCUGAAGGCAGAGAACGACACUUUGAAAAAAGCCCUGGACACUUCUUUCCGAGAUAAGGAACGUUUAGCAAAGGGUAUAGACAGAAUGUACAAACUUAAGUGUGACACGGAAUGUUACUACACUAAAGUCCUUCACCAAAAAAAGAUGGAGGAGCGGAUGAGCACAAAGCAAAUGAGACAGUCACACUUGUCACCCAUCUCCCCUAAAUCUAAUGUCACGCCCAGCCAAUUGGAUCAACAUUAGGUCCUACCCACCAUCAAAAGGCAAGUUAAUUAACUGCCCUUAAUUUCCCAUAUAUCUUUUUGUGGGUUUACUCCGGGUGCUCCGGUUUCCUCCCACCAAUCCUACUACAUGGGAAAAAAAUAAAAAAUUAAAAAAGCAAACAAUAUUUCCUGCAAGUAUUUGAUUCAUUUAACAGUUUGAUUAAUUACUCAACUGGCUAUUGGCCAAUGUUUUUCCACCAAUGUACUGUUUUAUGUCUAAACUACAGCUUUAAUCAGGAUGUAUACACACUAGUAUAAUAAAACAACAUGAACUUCACAACCAUCCUGUGUGCACUUAAUGACUGCUAUAAAAUGUGAGAUAUCACAUGAUUUCUGUUAGCUAUGGCAUGGUUUUGACAUGUUUAAUCUACAAUCACUAAGAAAUUAUAACCUUCUAGAUUCAAUUGUGUUCAUCUAAGUGUUUUACUUCCAUUUUAAUUCUCUUAAGUCAAAUUAGUCUGUGAG